CACUGUGGUGGCCUGCGCUGCGUGCGUUCUGUCGUUGCAUGUCGGUCUAAUKCGAUUUGUUUGUUUACCCAGUUGACAGUUCCUGGAAAAUCGUCACGGUGAACGUAUCUUAGCUCUUGUGCGGAAAAAUUGUGUAUUCCAGUGAUGAUGCGUGUGUAAACGUACGUGCGAAAUUUCAACACACGUACAACAAAUAUCAUGGAGCUGAUAGGCACACAUUCAGCGCACUUUUAAAAGUGCAACGGGAGAAGCUCCACUUUUAGAGUGAACUAAAAUAAAUAAAAAAUUCUUUGUAUCUAUGAAUGCGCAUAGUUUGAAAUUGGUUGGCCGUGCACGCAUUCCCGGCACAAACACUAUYCCCAAAAUAAAUACAUACAUAUGUAUAAUAUGGAAAUAAAAUGUUAAAAUUUCAAAAGCGUUUCAAUUUCCAAAAUAGUGGUAAAUAAACAUAAAAGUGAAUUUAAAACGGUGAUAAUUGUGCAAAGUAUAGAAAGAAAAAAAUAAUAAUAAAAUAUCCACUUUUGUAUGCGUGUUUAUGGUUAUAUGUGUAGCAACAAAUAAACAGUUAUUUGUAAAUAUAAUUGUACAAAACAGUUCAAAGUGCUCCAAUAAAAAGGAGUUAAAAGAAAAAUGUCAUUUUCAACUAACUUAACCUUUACGUUUGGAUUAUUUAUAUUCUGCGGUGCGCUGGUGCAUUGUCACCUCAAUGUUUACCUCAACCUGCACGAGGUGAUGCGAUUAAUAGGUGUCUCGGCUGAGUUGUAUUAUGUGAGGGAUGGCCAGGUUAACGAUUAUGCGCUUAAUUUUGCCGUUCCUGUGCCGGCGAACGUCAACGAGAUCUCCUUUACGUGGCAGAGUCUAGCCCAUCAUCCGCUCCCAUACAGUGUCAACAUUAUUACAUCAGAGCCAUUCGUACUGCCACGGCCAAUGUUGAAUAUUUCACGCAUCGGCGAAAUUCCGCUGGAGCCACAAACUUUCGCUGUCAGUUUAAAAUGCUCUGGCACACGAGACGCCGAAGUUGAGGUCACCAUCGCCAUCGAAAUAAUACUGGAUCGAAAGACGAAUAACAUAACAGAUUUGAUGUUCAAACGCAAAAAAAUUUGUCUUGCAGGCCCACAGGAAGACGGACGCCAUGCGAAUAUCGGUAGUGGUGUUGGCAAUUCGAACAAACAUAUUAACCAACCGAUAGAGGGUAUUUUGGAAGAUGUUACUGGUGGUCAUGUAGUGCAUGAAAACGAGGGGAUUAAGUUCAGUGAGGACGGCAUAAGUCCACAUGCAACUAGUAGUGAUGAAGAGCAUAUGAGGGAUGAAAAUUUGUUGGGCGGUGGUCGUUUGAGCGGUCCAGGCACUAUUUUGCACGAUUUUGAUCCCAUGCUAAAGGAGACACUUGCGCCACCCACCAGCGGUGUAACCACACUCAUAAUUGGCGGUAUACUGGCACUGAUACUGGUCGUUACACUAAUUGUAAUUGCUUACUGCGCUAAGGGACCAACGAAGCGGCAAAAUCACGGGGUACAUCUGAUUAAAACAUCGAGCUUUCAGCGCUUACCUACAAUAUCAUCGACAGCUCACAAUUCCAUCUAUGUUUGUCCCUCUGUUAUCACGCCCACUUAUGCAACACUCACACGACCUUUCCGAGAGUACGAACAGGAACCGGAGGAAUUUAAUCGUCGUCUGAGUGAAUUGACUGUACAAAAGUGUCGUGUUCGAUUAUCAAGUUUGGUGCAAGAGGGCACAUAUGGCCGCAUCUAUAAGGGUACUUACAAUGACAGCCAAGAGGUACUGGUGAAAACUGUCGCUCAACAUGCCAGUCAAAUCCAAGUGUCGCUUUUGCUGCAAGAAGGUAUGAUGCUAUACAAUGCGGCACAUCCCAACGUACUCUCUGUCUUAGGCGUUACAAUCGAGGAUUUUACCACACCAUUUUUGCUCUAUCCAGCGGCCAAGAAUACACGAAAUUUGAAGCUGUUCUUACAAGAACCAGCAUUUGCGAGAAGCGUUACCACCAUCCAGACAGUGCUAAUGUCCUCGCAACUGGCAAUGGCCAUGGAACACUUACAUAAUCACGGUGUAAUCCAUAAGGAUGUUGCGGCCAGGAACUGUGUUAUCGAUGACCAACUGCGCGUCAAACUUACCGAUAGUUCGUUGAGUCGUGAUUUAUUCUCAGGCGAUUAUAAUUGCUUAGGCGAUGGUGAAAAUCGGCCCAUUAAAUGGAUGUCACUUGAGACUAUACAACAGAAGCACUACAACGAGGGUAGCGAYGUGUGGUCCUUCGGUGUUCUAAUGUGGGAGAUGUGCACACUAGGUAAACUACCUUACGCCGAGAUCGACCCAUAUGAAAUGGAGCAUUACUUGAAGGAUGGCUACCGUCUGGCACAACCCUAUAACUGUCCAGAUGAAUUAUUCACCAUUAUGGCCUACUGCUGGGCAGUAUUACCGACUGAACGUCCCUCAUUUAGCCAAUUGCAAAUAUGCCUUUCUGAGUUCCAYACGCAAAUCACAAGAUAUGUCUAAGAUUCUGAGGUAAACUGGAAUAGGUAGACUUCAUAAUGUAAAAAUUGSCGUUGUUGUACAUAAAUAGAAGUGAAGAGUUCUUCAUAUGAACGUAUUACAACCCUAAGAACCCAAAGACAGAUAAUUAAGUGAAAAGUAGAUAUAUUCUUACGCAUGUACACAUAUGUAUGUAUAUGCACCUAUAUGUAUAURGAAGCAGGUCAAUACUCUAUAAGAGGUAUUUUUAGACAUGUGGUUUUCAAAAAGAAUGCAACACAUUCAAUUUUCUAUACCGUUAUGGCCAAGAAUUUAGUUUUAUUAAAAAUACUUGUAUAAGUGUUUGCCAUUAUAUUUUAAAUAUGAUUUCARGCAAGUGACCGCCGCGGUUGGCUCAAAGAAAUUGCAGCCGAGAGGCCAAACUUCCGACUAUCUUUUGAAGCAGGUCGUAUGUUAGCAAUAACGUAUCGAAUAUUCUCUUCCAAGGCGUCACAUAUUUUGACCAGGAUCCCUACUUUUGUGCAUCACCUCACGAAAGCUUUACUUCGAUGAUUAUUAUUUUUUAUUAUUUUCAAUAUAAAUAAUGGUUGUGUAAAUGUAAAAUAAAAAACAACCAAAAUGAUUUUAUUUAAUAUUUAUCAAUAUUGUUGCCAUCUUUAUCUGUUACUAGGAUACUUUUGAACUUCAGCAACACCAUCAUCGUAAUCYUCAUCAGUAUCACAGCCCUUAAUUAUACAUUCAUCACAUAUGAUUGAGUCAACAAAUUGAUUUGGUAAAUUUUAAAUGUUCUUUUUUUUGGCAAUCUUCACAUUCUUGAAAUAAUGGGAUAUGAAAUUAACAAAAGACAAUUCAGAAUCAUGUUUUGAUUUACAUUUUCUUCAAUGAAAUUCCCGAUAUUUUUAUAGAUUUUUUGUUUCCUCCUUGUUGGCCAAUAUGCAAAAGARAUUUUUCGAUAAUUUCUGGUCCGUGUAUGAAACAUAUAUUAUAUUAUACAAAGUCGGGAGAAUGUUUUACGAUGGAUAUGACUUAACAAAAGUGUUGCUUUAUGUUCAAGUGUCAAAAUUUCUUGUUAUUGAGAUCAUACCCAUUAGACACUAGAAUUAAUAGUAUAUGCUUUUAAUUUAUUAAAUUUAAAUUUAUUAAGGUUAUUUAACAUGCUUUUCUGCGGGGUAAGAAAAAAACUUAUGGCGGUAUUACCGUUGUUUGAAUUCAACUAUUAACCCUAAAGUAUCGUUUAAAGUUGCUUCUGAAUUUUUUUAUGGACCUUAUUUCAUUKUUUCUUUUACUCAAAAUCAAUAUUAGCUCUUAUUUUUAUUUUUGUUKUUAAUCCAUUCGAGAAAUGAGCCCCACUGUGCCUCAAUCGUCUUGAGUUAAUCUGCCUAUCAAACGACUCCACAUAACCCGCACAAAAAAUAAUCCAACGGUGUAAAAUCUCGUCUUGUUGGAACUAAAGGUCGUGUACAUCAACAUUCUCCAAUUUAGGCACGAAAAAGUCAUUAAUCAAAACAGCUAUUCCCCAUUGGCUGAAAUAUUAUGGUUGGUUUCAAUUCUGAAGAACUAUGGAUCAAUUAUAGCCUCUGGCCAUAGAGUGACUUUUUGACGAUUUAUCGGUGUCACAAAAAUACCUUGUGGAUUAUUAUCUAUAAUAAUGCGACAAUUGUGAUUCCAUUCAACCAAAAGUGUGCGUCAUCGCUGAAAUUUUUUUGCGUCGCGUGAAUCGAAUUACUAAUUUGGUAAUACAUUUGCACGAUUUGCAAACGUUGUUCCGGAGUAAAUCGGUUCAUUAUCAUAUUUAUAAUUCGAACAUCUGUCUACAAUGUCAACUCCGAGAAAUGUAUUUCCUCAUUGAACCACACGUCUAAAAACAUCCGUUACAUAUACAUAGGUGCAUAUGUAUAACAUACAUAUAUGUAUUAUUGUGUGGGUAAAAAGUAGAUGAUAAGAGAUCAGACAGGAUGUUUUUAUACUUGAGUUUUAUUGCUUUAAAAUUUUAAAGAAAUUUGUAGAAAUUUAUUAAUGAAAAGAAAACCAAAUUGUAUAAUAAACGAAUGGUAACUCAGAAGUGCCAAAUAUGAGUUUCAGGAAACAGUAAGUAUAAUUGUUCGUCGUGCAAGCUGUAGUUUAUUAAGCUUUAAACAAACAAACUUAGAAAAAAUGUUGAAUAUAUCACACUCGCUGUCCUCGACGACGGUCAGCGUUCAACAAACUCUUAAUUUUAAGUAGUAUAUACCUCUGUAUAUAUGUAUAGUAUGUAUGUGAGUACUUAAGUAGGGGUCCGUGUUUAAGCGUUUGAUGUAAAUGUGGAAGUUSUUAGGUGACGACAGUUUAAUAUCUAUAAGCUCGUAAGACCAUAAUUCUCAAGUGCAUAAUUAGUAUAUGAAAUGAAUGUGCAUACACCUAACUGUAAUCUAUAUAGUCUAGACGUACAUAUACAUACGAGUAUGUAAACUUACAGGUAUAUUUAGUUAGUGUUCUCCCCCCACUCAGGUCUAGCUCUUAUCCCGUGUAUUGCAUUCAUAUUUAUACAAUAUUUUUAAGUUUUAAUUUACACUCUCGUUUCCUACAAUAAGCGAGUUCUCAACCUGUAGUUGCUAAUCUGAACUUUAACUGAAACGAAAUAAACGUCCAAAAAUCGAUUAUUUUUAAAA